AUGACUUCUCCAACGUUUGCAAGCACGACGUUGACGCUGGCGAGUGUAAUGGCGUAUUCCAGCGCUUCGCCUUCGAUACUGAGUCCGGCGAAUGCCGUCCGUUUUCUUACGGUGGUUGUGGAGGCAACGGAAACAACUUCGCCACACUUGCAGAGUGCCGUAUUAAAUGCCAAAAAGGCGAUGUUCGUAUUUUCCCUCGUUGCUCUGUCCCCUGGCAACCUCUGCGAACACGACAUCGAAGUUGGAGAGUGCAGUGGAGUUUUUGUGCGAUUUGGUUAUGAUAAGUCGACGAACGAUUGUCGUCAAUUCACCUAUGGAGGAUGCGGAGGUAACGGCAACAACUUUGCCACAAUCCAAGAAUGCCGAAAUGUGUGCGUAAAGAAAGUGUGCAAUCCGAAUCCGCAGUGCGACUUGACUCGUUGCCAAAUUGUCAACGAUCGUAACGGAUGCCCCUUCUGCAGCUGUCCACCUACAAAUCAGCCAAUGCCACCAGGUACGCUUUCUUCAAGUUAUUUUGCACUCUGGUAG